GCCAAGUCUGCGACUGAAUCUCCGCUCCGUCUCUUUUUACGGGUAACUUUAGAGAAGACGUCGGAAAAUGCUUUUCUGCUCAGUGUUUCUGCCGUGCACCGACUCUUCGCCGGGAGCUGCCAAAGCUGUGCUUAACGCAAGCUGAGAGAAGCUAGCAAACGAAGAAAGAGAACCAUUUGAUGGAAGAAAAGAAAAAGAAAAAACAAGAAGAAAAGACUAAGAAGGACGUUGCACAGAAAAAGGCUGCUGAUCAGAAACCCAAAGUGCCAGAGCCUGCUCCCUCUAAGCCCAGUCCCGGCCCACCCCAUCACCUCCACCCUGCCAGCCCCACGCUGCCCCUCUCCUCCUCCUCCUCCUCUUCUUCUUCUUCUUCUGGCAAUGGCAAGCGUGCCUCCUCCAGUAGCCAGCUCCCGACUCAGACUCCCUCUCAGCAGCAGUGCCAGUUGUCUUCUGCCAGUGCUCGCUACCCGCCCAGAGAGGUGCCCCCGCGCUUCCGCCAGCAGGAGCACAAGCAGCUACUGAAGAGAGGCCAGCCACUGCCUGCAGGAGCCCUCAGUGCUCUCACCCUCUCUUCCUCUUCUUCCUCCUCUCCACCCUCAUCAUCUUACUCUUCUUCUGCGGCUACUAGCAACACUGCCCCAAACUCUGCCACGUCCACUGCAGGCAAACGCCACACAGACAUAUCUCCUCAGCGUGUCCCUGGUGCCCAGUAUGAGUCCUCUCACUGGAGCAGCUCUUUGCCAGUUGACAUCUCUACCAGUGCCAACACCUGGGAUAAAGUGAUUACUGACGGAGAAACUUGGCCAACUGUUAGCCACAGCAGUGGUCCCAAUCAGCCUGCAGAACCAGAAUGCCCCUUGGGUUCAGUCAGCUCUAGCUCAGACACCAGUGCUGUCACUACCACUAGUAGUUGUUUUCUGAGUAUGGCCACAGGUGCCGCAGGCCAGCAGGCCCACUACCCCUCUCUCAAAAGUAACAGUAACAUGAUGACAGGCUCUGGAUCAGCCAACACAAUAGGUGGUAGUAGAAGUUGGGGUUCAGAUGGGAAACAAGAUGUAGGAAUGCCUAACAACUGGGGCACUCCUAAUUUUAACUUAAACCUCAAUCCUAAUGCCAACCCAUCGGCCUGGCCUGUUCUGGGCCAUGAGGGUGGUGGAGGUGGCAUUGGCCCAAAUGGGGUGUCAAAGCCCUCUUCACUUCCACCAGGUAUUAAUGGCAAUGUAAAUAUGGCAAAUGGAUGCCUGGGAGCUGCAGGCAAUGGUAGUGGAGGCUGGGUUGGCAUGAUAAAUGCUAAUGAAAAUGAUCAACCGCACCCAUCAACCAAGACAAGCUUGUCGUUCAAUAUGGAACCUACUAACCUUAACACAGAUGGACCAAACCACACCAAACAACAACAGCAGCAAGCUCAGGAGCCUAUGAGCCCUAUCCAUGGGAUAACUGGCUGGGGAGGCCAGUCACCCACUGAAUCAUCCCAGCUUAAUGGGGACACAACAGGCAGCUCUGUAUGGGGUAGUGGAGAAACCAAGGCGCCUGACUCCCCCAAAGACUCAGGCUGGGACUCAACUCCCUCCGGAGGCCCUUCUGCCUGGGGCCGCCAAGGCAGUGCUGGUGGGAGUAAUGGAAGUGGUGGCUGGGGUGACUGGGGUAAAUCCUCAACCGGUGGAGAAGCAUCCAAAGGCUGGGACUCUGUAGAUACUGGUACUGGCCAAGACCAGCAACUUAGCUCAUGGGGCCAGCAGCCUGGAACAGCCCCAGCAAGUGAGGGAAGUGGUGACAGCAGCGAAGGUCAUUCUCACCACAGAGACAGGUCCUCCAGCAUGGAUUUUACCCCUCUGCUACCUCGGCAAGACUUGGAUCCGAGGGUGCUAAGCAACUCGGGGUGGGGACAAACACCCAUCCGGCAGCACACUGUAUGGGAAAUGGAAGAAGCCAACUCUGAUGAUGGAAAGAGCAACAGUAGCUCAGACACAAUAGGAGUCUCCAGCUCUAAUGGUGGUCCUUUAACCACUAAUGGAGGUACCAUCAGCCCUAACAUUUGCCCAAGUCAGCGACCUGGGUCUGGAGGCAAAAUUGAGGGAUCAUCAUCCUCUGGCUGGGGAGCUCCUCCACCUCAGCCAGUUCAGAGCGGACCAGGAUGGGGAGAAGCUACACAGCCACUCAACAAAGCCUCUAAUGGCACUACAAGUGGUUGGGGUGAUCCUUUGCCUGCCAGUGGUCCUAAAAGCGGAGGUAACUCAUCCUGGGGUUCUGAGGACAAGUCAACUAGCUGGGAUGAUGGCUUAACAAAAAGCCAAUCUACUGGCUGGGGAGAGAGCCCCAAAGGCUCACGUGGCUGGGGCAAUGGUAAUGGAGGCUCCAGCGGCUCCAGCACAGGUGACUGGGGAGAGCCAGAGGUUAAGAACAAUGUGUCCUCCAGUAGUAUGUGGGAAGGAGAAGGAAGCAAUGGAGGAAGUAGUGGAUGGAAGGAAAGAGGAGGAAAUGGAGGAGGAGGAUGGGCUAAGACCACUCCUACGGUGAAAAAUAGCAGCUGGGGGGAAACACCACGUACCAGUGGCCCUGUGCAGGGAGGCUGGGGCUCAUCCAAGCCUCAAGAAAGCAGCAGCAGCAGCACCGGCAGUGGAGGAGGUGGAAGCAUUGGCUCUUGGGGUGGUCCUGGUUCUGUGAAGCAAAACACCUCUAACUGGGGUAGUGCCAACAAACAGGACCAGGGCAUGGAACCCACCGGCUGGGAGGAGCCUUCCCCCCCUUCUAUUCGCAGGAAGAUGGAGAUUGAUGAUGGAACAUCUACUUGGGGCGAUCCCAACACCUAUAAGAAGACUGUCAACAUGUGGGAUCGUAACAAUCUCAGCAGUAACCCUGCAAACAAUGGCCCACCACCCAGUAAAAAUGGUGGAAUUAUUAUGCCAAACAAUAACAACAACAAUCACUCUGUCGGCCCUGGCAACAACAAUCACCAUCAUACUCAUCACAUGCACAACCACACCCAUCAUGGCCAAGCCCCAACACACCUGCAACAUCAUGGAAACAACAAUGGGUCACCCAACAAUGGCGCGUCUCAUCCAGCUGCAGGCCCUCAGGGUAGACCCCCUCUCGCCAACCCAGGCUGGGGGGAGCUUCCCAAUGUUCAUCCCAAGUCAGAGCCUGCCUGGGGUGAGCCAGCAGCUCCAACAUCAACUGUGGACAAUGGCACCUCUGCCUGGGGCAAGCCACAAGGAGUAGGAGGAUGGGGGGGCAGUGGCCACGAGCCCUCUGGACCCUAUGGAAGGGCCAAUGGAGCCUCAGGUUCUGCACCUUGCAAACCAGGCCCCAAACCUAUGCAAGAUGGAUGGGGAAAUGGAGGCGAGGAAAUAUCUAUGUCUACUGGCCAAUGGGACGCUGACGAUGGGGACAUGUGGAAUAGCCCCACCUCACAGGAGAGCAGCUCCUCGUGCAACUCUUGGGGAAAUGGACCCAAGAAGGGCCCAAGCAAGGGGAAGAUGGGCAAUAAACCAGAUGAAACCUGGAUCAUGAACCGUCUAAUCAAACAGCUAACUGACAUGGGCUUCCCAAGAGACCCUGCUGAGGAGGCUUUAAAGAGCAACAACAUGAAUCUUGACCAGGCCAUGACCGCCCUGUUGGAGAAGAAGACAGACCUGGACAAACGGGGCAUGUGUAUGUCUGAUUACAGCAAUGGCAUGAACAAGCCCCUCAUGUGUCGGCCCUCUGCACUCUCUAAAGACCCCUCCGACCGCACCGCCUUUCUUGACAAGGAUGGUGUUCUUUCAGAUGACGCCCCCCCAUCACCGUUUCUGCCUUCCCCCAGCCUGAAGCUCCCCCUGGCCAACAGUAGCCUUCCUGGGCAGGGUCUGGGACAGGGCAGCCCGGGGCUAGCCAUGCAAAACUUGAACAACAGACAGAUACCCAGUGGAAUGUUUGGCGGUAGUGGAGCAGCACAAACCCGGGCCAUGCAGCAGCAGCCUCCUCAGCCACCAGUGCCACCUCUCAGCUCCUCCCAGCCUAGUCUACGUGCUCAAGUGCCUCAGUUUCUCUCCCCUCAGGUCCAAGCACAGCUCUUGCAAUUCGCAGCAAAAAACAUCGGUCUGAAUCCUGCACUUUUAACUUCACCAAUAAACCCUCAACAAAUGACCCUGUUGUACCAACUUCAGCAAUUGCAAAUGGCGUACCAGCGUUUACAAAUCCAGCAGCAGAUGAUGCAGGCUCAACGCAAUGUUUCUGGCCCCAUUAGACAACAAGAGCAGCAAGUUGCACGUACAAUCACCAACAUGCAGCAGCAAAUCCAGCAGCACCAACGACAGCUGUACCAAGCGUUGCUGAUGAAGCAGCAGCAGCUUCCCUCCCAUUCCUCGUCCUCGUCCUCCUCUUCCGCUGGUCUGCAUCCCCCUGGUGGCCCUGCCGGAGGCCCUGGCUCCAGCAAAUCAACCCUGGACCCCUUCACUGGCCCACAUCAGUCUUCGGGCCUUGCCGACACACUGCACACCAAAGAGUCACCAUCUUCACCCAACGCCUACAGCACCUACCCUCUCUCUGGACUGAAUCCAAACAUGAAUGUAAACUGCAUGGAUGUUGGGGGCCUGUCCCUAAAGGAACCCCCUCAGCCUCAGUCCCGCCUGUCCCAGUGGACACACUCCAACUCCAUGGACAACCUCUCUGGCAACUCCUCAAACAUGGAGAACAACCUCAAUAAGCACGGUGCCAUAUCUGCUUCCUCUACACUGGUCCCCCCAGGAAAGCCCCCUCAGAUGGAUGACUCCUACAGCCCUUACAAUCUAAUGUCCAGCUCUGAGUCCCCUACCAGCCCCUUAGUCACCGCAGACAGCUGGGGCCAGGGCAAGAGCCCCAGUGAAAAGAUCUCCAACGGGACCAACAUUAACUGGCCCCCUGAGUUUUGCCCCGGUGUGCCGUGGAAAGGCCUUCAGAACAUCGACCCAGAAAAUGACCCUAACAUGACCCCUGGCAGUGUCCCCAGCGGUCCCACCAUCAACACCAACAUCCACGAUGUCAACCGAUACUUGCUGCGCGAUAGGAAUGGAGGAAAGCUGUCUGACAUGAAGUCCACCUGGUCCCCGGGGCCCAUCUCCCAGAGCCAAGCCUCUUUGUCUCAUGAGCUGUGGAAAGUCCCUCAAGGGCCACGUAGCACCACAGCUCCCUCUCGACCCCCACCAGGACUCACCAAUACCAAGCCGUCCUCCACCUGGGGCGGAAACUCACUGGGCCUGGCCCAGGGCUGGAGCGGCUCCUACACCUCUGAAGGAACCACAUGGAGUACUGACAGCUCCAACAGAACCAGCAGCUGGCUGGUGUUGAGAAAUCUCACCCCACAAAUUGAUGGUUCGACUCUGCGGACCCUGUGCAUGCAGCACGGCCCUCUGAUCACAUUCCAUCUCAACCUGACACAGGGCAACGCCGUGGUGCGCUACAGCUCCAAGGACGAGGCCGCCAAAGCCCAGAAGUCUCUGCACAUGUGUGUGCUCGGAAACACCACUAUCCUGGCAGAGUUUGCCGGUGAAGAGGAGGUGAACCGCUUCUUUGCACAAGGCCAGUCGCUGGGGGCGAACACCACUAGCUGGCAGGCCAACCCCGGAACCAAUCAGAACCGCAUGGGUGGGGCAGCGCAGUCCCACUCCAUCGGCCAGUGGAGCAGCGGCGGCGGCGGCAAAGCCAACGGAGGCGACCUGCUGUGGGGCGGCGUGCCCCAGUACUCCAGCCUGUGGGGGCCGCCGAGCGGGGAGGACGCCCGCGUGAUCGGAAGCCCCACCCCCAUCAACACCCUGCUGCCUGGAGAUCUGCUGAGUGGGGAGUCCAUGUAAGACGAUGCCACGAUACACUAACCAGCCAUCUCACCGCCACCAAGUCAUGUAAGCCAUCAGCGGUGGGUGGGGGGGGGAAAGAAAGCAUACAAAACAAACUAAAUAAAAAUAAAUUCAGUAUGAACAGGAGCAAAACCCAAGCAAAUCAUGUGGUGAUAAUCAGUAUCAAUUUGAACUGUUUUGAACUGUGAAUUGUGAAUCAGAAGGCGGGGGUCCCUACACACAGACUGAAGACUCCAGUCCUUCUCUUUCACUCGUGUCCUUUUCUUUGUUUACGUCUUUUGGAAGAAAACUAUUUUUUUUCCUUUUUGGUAUUUUCAAAUGCAUCAUAAAACAAACUGAGAGACACAACGCAAAGAAACCUUUUUUUUAUGUAUUUUUCUUUUUUUUUCAUAAGUAUACAUGACAUUCUGUGUGAAGUGUUUUUAGGAGAAGCAAUCAAAAGCUUUCCUUUUCCCUUCGAAACAAGAAAACAUCCCAAAAUAAGACUUAAAAUGACCAUUCCCAGCAUGCCCAUGGCCAAUGAUGUGGUUCAACGACCUUUAUUGGUUAUGUUAAUGUUUGUUUCUCAGCACUAAUAUUAGCCUUAAGUGCUCUCUGGCCCAGGUCCUUCCCAAGCCGCCUUUUUUAGUUUUGUAACUAAAGAAAUAGCUGAAAUCUUGCACAGUUUCACCUCUGAGCCAGCAAGUGGUACAGGACACGACUGGUGACCACGCCUGUCACUGGGCUGUAAGAAGGCCUGGCCACGUGACUGGCCCUACCAAUCAUCAGCUUAAUUAUUUUAACACAGCUGAUCAAUGUUCUUUGUGGGUUUUGGAUCCUAACUCGUCUUUUGAUACCUGUCGUAACAUAUAAGCUGAGAGAAGAUUAUUUGCCGGCCUCUCUUUGUCUCCACUAUGUAAUUGAGGCGGCACCAAAUCGUUGAGGUCUGAAAGGCCAGAUCCUACGGGUCGCUUUCAGCUUGAAACCCAGUCGCCUGCUGGUGCUUGGCUGGAUUUCCUGUUGCUCGCUCUGUGGAACCCAGUGGUCAGUAUGGUCGGCCCAUUUCGGGAGGAAAAAAAGAGAACACAAUUUCACCUUCAUGUGACAGUAACAUUGUGCAAUAUACGCCAUAGAUCUUUCUUCCGUCCAUACUCGAUGUCCACCGUAGCUGGAUUCUCUUUUAUUAGUUUUUUUGUUGUUGUUGUUGCUGAUUGCAGCAAAAGACUUUGGAACUUCACAGACUUUACCCCUUUUCAACAACCUGGAUUCCUUCCAGGCCACCUAUCCCCCCUGAAACUGUUGGGAAAAACACUGCAAAGAGGAAGAGGCAGCAGUUGUAACUGUGCAUGCAGCAAACUAAAGACUGAAGAGUGAAACUGGGCACACAGCAAUGCACACUUCCUCUCUGCACGCCACAGCCACACCCAACAGAGACUGAAUCCACAGCGGGGCCGGACGGCUCUGGGUAUCUGGCACAAUACCAAAUAAGAGGGGUUUCUCCUAAUGCAGUAGACCUACGAGUGUUCCUUGCGUUUGGUACUGUACAAACAGAAGAGACUAAGACUUUUAUAAAUUCAAAGGGUUUUAUCAUAGCACUUAAGAAGAGCAAAUCACUUCAACUGCAAUCCAGUAAAUCAAAUAAGGAGCAGCAAAUAACACUGAAAAAAAACAACGGAAAAAAAAACAAGUACUGCUCUUUUAUGUACUGUAUCUGUUCCAUUAAAAUGUGUCUGGUGUUGUUCCUCUGGUAGCAAGAUGAAGGGAAACUAAACUGAAAUGCACCAUAGGACUUUGUGGGGGUACUGCAGUCUAUGAUUCGUGUUUAUCAAAGUGAAUAUCACUGUUACUCCAAAUGUUUCGCCUUGUUCUGUUUGGAGGCACUAGACUUGCAACGUCGGCUGUCCCGCCGGCCAGUGGGUCAGUCAGUGGGUGGGUGGGUGAGUCAGAGUGUGUGUGGGGGGGGGUGCGUACGCUGCCUCCUCCUCCUGGGCUCCGUUUGACCCUCCCUCAGUCUGGCCAAAAACACAAAAGCAGCUCCUCGAAGACUGGCCAGUCGCAGCUCUCCUCUGGGAGUCCCCCACCCCGACCCCCACCCCGACCCCGUCACCCUGACCCAUCUAUGCCCAUCUCCCAGCUCUUUGGCACAAGGAGCUGGAAGGUGUUUGUGUUCGUUUCGUGUUCUAUGCUUAACUUUUGUCUACAUGCAGUGGUCUACGAAAUACCGGCUGCUGAACUAGCCCCGUUCACUGUUCAUAUGCAGAACACUUUGGUCAGAGGUGCCUCUGUAUGUUCAUCCUGUGUAUUGAAUGCAAAACGAGGAUCAAUACUACAGACCGUUAUUGAUUGUCUAUUUGUUUUUCACUGAUCAUGCUUUUGUGUUUGACAGUAUUCUGUAGAACUUCCAGGUAGUAUCUUGAGAUGUGUGUUAUUAUUGUUUCUAGGAUGAAAAAUGGGUGUCUCAGACACGGGUGUGGGUGUUUGUCGCUCCAAGCUGCUCCACCUGCCCACAGGCUGUCCUCCCUCACUCUUUGCCCAGCUGCUACGCUAUAGCCCCCUGCUCCACCUCUACCAGACCCAGUAGCCCCCCCCCCACCCCCCCCCCCCCCCCCACCCCCCCCACCCCUCACCCCGACCAGGCACCAACGAGCCCUUGAAUCUGUUUCUAUGCAAAAGUCUAGAGCCUGGGGCCCUUUAUAGCACGCCAAACCUGACUCUGGAACAAGCACUCCUCCCAGAGCUUGGCAAACCUUUGUCGCUGCCCCCCCACCACACCCCCCCAUGUGCGCUUCUGUCAGCAGUCCAGAAUGGCUGUGGUUUCUGUAAAGUCAGGCUAAGCCACCAGAACACUGUCCUGUACGAAAGUCCGAACACUUUAUCAAAGGUCGGCCUUUCUCUCUGCGCUGAAGACGCUUCUGUCCGGCUUGAUCUCAGGGUAGGGGAGUUGACCAUAGUAUGAGAUGCAGCUCUCCGUAUCUGUCCUUUCUACUGUGAGAGCGAAGUCUUAAAUUACAAGGCCGUCUGUGCAGCAGAGCUCACGCCUUGAACUUAAACCCAAUUGGAAGAGAAAAGGCUGGAGGUGAAGGUGGCCUGUCACUUCUGUUUAGGGGCUCGUACUUGCAUGGAAACGAUGCCAACUUAUCGUGCCAAUAUAUAGAUUUGCUGUGACUUUUGCAGACAGCACUUCUGUUCCCUGAAUGAAUGAACUUUGAGAACCUUUGCAGAAGGUGCAGCGGGGGACAGGAGGGAUCAAACAAAUGGGCGGCAACAUCACACGCUUAAAUGACUGAGAUUCAGUUUUGUUGUUUUGGUUUUUGUUUUGUUUUUUUUAAUUCAUGCUUUGGUGGGGAAUGCCCCACGCUAAGGAGAAAUCUUCACUCAGUUGGGGGUUCAAGUUUGCUACAGUGCACAGUUGAUGAUGGGUAAUCCCGGGUACGUAUUUUUUUAAAACCAAAAAUGAAAUCGCAUUUUAACGUCAUUUUUAUGAAGUUUGACAUAAAAAUUUUAAAAAAUGCUAAAAAAGCUAAAUGAAAAAAAAACUAUAAUAUGUUAAAGCUCUGCACUUCUAGCUGAAAUGUCUCUGGUCGUCAGCCUCUGCUACCUACAUCUAAAGGAGUGGAGUGGUGGCCAGGGUGCCUUUUUGUGGAUGCUGUAUUUAUCUUUUUAUGUUUGUGUCCUGCUCAAAGCGGGGCCCACUGAACUGUACGUUUCCACAGACCCUGAUGGCUUGGGCCCACUGUAUCAGCCCCACUCACCCCGCUCUGCAUCAGCAGGAGGGGAGGGGCACAUUUCAAGAGGUACAAAGUCUUAAAAUCAUUAAAAUAAAAAAACUGUUGAAAAAUAAACAAAAAAACAAAGAAAACAGGAAAAGGCUACCUUUCAGGACUCGCAGUCCUGCAGCACACAAGCAAAAAUCACUAUUGCCUGUUUCUGUAACUGCCUUGAUCCAAGCUCAGACAGACCCAAUAGCCGAGGACCUCCCAGCAUCCUGUACUAACUGGAGAACCCUAACAGUGAAGGGGGUUUCCCAUGCUGCACCAGCAUCGAGAGGCUCUCCUCUCUACAGCUCUGUUCUAGAUAACAGUAUAUAUGUAUACACUACACACACGCACACACAUGUACAUUUAUACUGUGAGUAUAUUGUGUGGUAUCACCUCUGCAGACUUCUUGGAUCGUAACCGCUGAAAGUUUUCAUUUUUGUUUAGAAUAGUCUUGGUUUGAUACAGCUGAAAAUGAGCAAUAUAUAUAUAUAUAUACACAUAUACAUAUAUAUAUUUUCCCCGCAAAUAAAUGAUAGAAAGGAAGGAAUUUGGGUCGGGUGUAAACUGAUACUUGAUUGACAGAAAGCUGCGUCUUUCUUGUGGAGUUGGAUAUGCACGUUCUGAUUUUGAUGACAUAUUACAGUACUAUGAAGUGCUUGUACUGUCUAUAUGAGUACUUGUUUGUUGAUUAGCCUAUUCAAAAGCCCAAACAGAAUCGACUGGUUAGAUGCAUUGUUUUUACCCAGUUAAUUAAAAAAAAUCAUAAACAUAUCAAAACAAAAUAAAAUAUUGACCACAAAUACUUGAAUCAUCGAGCGCCAAUAACGUAAUGUGAAGACAGUCGUUCUGUUUUUGUUCUCUCCAUCUGACAGGUACACUUGGAGGCUUUAGAGAAUAUCAGAAAUGUACUGCAUUACAGUAACAAACGAAACGUUUGGGUUAAAAAAAAUGCAAAAGUCUUUGUAGAUGUGUGCUUGAAAGUCAGAUGUUUGUAUGAAUGUGUGCACAAGACACUGUUUGUGUGCAGGGCUCACGGCCUGCUGUUCCGUUCCACUCAGUACGAUCGGGUUUAUGUUGGUUUUGGUCUUUGUUGUUGUUUUUUUUUUUUUGUUGCUGUUGUUCUGUCAAACUAUUCUGAUGGACAUUGUUAAUAUCUUCUAACGUUGCACUGAGUGUCUCCUGCCCCUCACUCAGCUAAUCGUAGGUGAACGAGUUCAAGUACAGAGGGGAGAUCAUGACAAUUCAUGUGUACAUGUUUACUCAAGGACUUAAUGGAUUUCUUUUUUUUUUUGUUCUUUUUCAUUUUAUCUGUAAAAAGUUUAUCUACCUUAUAGUGGCUUUUAUGUGAAAUAAUCCAAAACAAGGAUUAUCUUUGAGUAUUGCACCAUUAUGUUUUACUUGUAGAAAAAAACUGAGGUUAAAAAAAAAUUUAAACUUUUAAAACUGUUUAAAAAAAAACAAAAAAAUUCUAUAAAAGGAGAAAAAAACAAAGACCUGUGGCCAUAGAUAGCUGUAGAAGGACUAGUAAUCCUUAUGUUAACUUCAUGGAGAAAUGGAAAGGGAGUUUGUUACAGGACUCAUUUCAGAGGUGCCUAUCUUUUCUGUUUUGCAAAAGCCACCGUCGUUUACAAGCAUUUCAUUUGUGUGACGUUCAAGGAAUUUAUAACAGGAAUGUUGUACAAAAGGUCAUCUUCCAUUAAAUAUGGACAUAAAAUUUUGCAAACUGAAGAUUUAUGCUACUUUCAGAACUCUGGGAUUGAUCAGUGUUGUGUCAUGUUUCCGUUGACAGACUAUUCGUGUUGUGAUGCGUUUUCUUUGUUUUCUAUAAGCGACGCAGUUUGCUCUCGAUCUUGCACACUCAUAGAAGUUGUGGAUUUUGUCUCAGGAAGGCCACGGUUCCAGAUACCAAUUCCAUCAACUCAAGGUUUAAUGUUUGUGUGGGGGAAAAUACUGAAAAUGAAUCUCCAGCAAGGCACUAAUGGUUAUGAGUUCAGCCGAAUCUAGAGAACCAUUGUUUCUUUAAAACAACAAAAUGUUCGUAGCAAGUUACAUAUUUACCAAAUAAGACUGAGAAGAAACGUUGAAGAGUGGAAUGCUUUACAAAUCUAAGUACAAAAUUGCUUUACAUUUAAACAAUGAUGAAUUGUUUGGUUGGCGACAGAGUGUUUGGUGUUUUUAUGUUUUUGUUGUCAAUCAUCUGUCCUCUCUGUUAACACGCGUGCUCCUGUGACAGAUUUUCAGUAGUGGAGAGAUUUCUUAAACAUGUAAAAGAAGGUUUUUCGCAGGCAGGUGGAGGUGGGAGAGUGAAGCUGGUUUUCAAAAGGAUCAUGAUCUAUGCACAAGUGGGAAGGACGAGUCCAAAGCCCGCGAGCCGUUCCGCGGCCGCCUGUCGACUCACACUGGGGUUCAGGGUUCCACGUAGUGUGGUUCUUGUGUUGUCUCUUGCUCAGAUUUCCUCCACUCUACUUUCUUCCCCCUCCUUCUCAUCAUCGUCAUAAUCAUCAUCAUCAUCAUCAUCUGAUGUUUUAGCAAACGUUACAUUGCAUUGUCAUGCUGUGUAAUCCUUAACCAAUGAGCGCUUAUCCUUCUGCUAAAGCACUGUGGGUUGUACUGAAAAAAAAGCCCAUGACUUUUAAGGCUGUCUGUUUUUUAAGGGGAGGGGGGAGGGAGGGGAGGGACUUUGCCUUUGCCUUUCUCUUUACUUUGGAAAAAACAUUAAGGAAAAAUGUCUGUAACUGAAAUACAAAGUUGUGGCUUUUAAUGUUGUUCUUUUUUUCUCCUCAUAGAAUGUGAUUGUUAAGGACAUGCACCGAAAAAAAAUGUUUCCAUGGAUUAUGGAGCUUCUUUCGGACUAUAUUAAUAAAUUACGACUUUUCUUGGCUGUUA